UCUUAACAUUUAGACACAAAUAUAUCACUCUCCAGUUUCCUUCAAUGGAAUUCUUCAACAAAUUCCUUUGCUUUCUUUUCUUUAUGUGCUUUAUGACCAGAGGUAGUCUUCAAUGCUUUCCUGGGAGCCUUAGAGACCUUACGGUAAAUCAAGUUAGAACCAAAGAGAAAAUAAGAAAUAAACCAGAGUGGAAAGUGACAGUGACCAAUAAAUGCCUGUGUAGCUUCUUGCAAGUGACACUACUUUGCCCCGGAUUUGAUUCUGUCAAAACAAUUAAGCCCUCACCUAAGUUCGUUUCCAAGAACGGCCCGAAGUCAUGUCUUAUUAACGAUGGAAGCCCUAUCUAUGGUGGAAAAACAUUCAAAUUCACUUAUGCCUCAGAUCAAGAAAUUGCAUUUGCUCCAUUUUCCUUCCUAGAAGCAUGCUCUUGAAUGAAAGAUUAUUGUUUAUUGUCGGUCUUGUUGUAAUAAAACCUAGGGAGCUAGCUGUCUAUUAUUGUUUUUUUUAUUUUUUUUAUUUUUCAGUAAAGAGGUUUCUGGUUUGAUGAAAUUUUCAGUUUCUGACUUGUUGUAAUUUAAAUUUGGGUUGGACU